ACGGAGACCCCCACAGCCAACUGCCAGAGCUCGCGCUGUUCUCUACCAAUGAGCUUCUUCCUCCCCUCCUUGUCAGGCGGUGCGCGCGUGUUUCAGACUCAAGCCGAGCUCAGUAUUUGCAUUCCGGGUCAAAGUCCGUGAAGGGUCCCGUGAGCUCAGUUCGGCCUCCUCUUCGAUCCGUUCUGUCGGACAGGGUGGAAGAAAAGGUGGUUUUCAUUGUGGCGCCCACGUAAUUUACUGGCUUCUAGAACUGAAACUUGGGACAGCAUGCAGGGCUCAAAGAAACUAGUGAACACAUUUCUGAGUUGUGCAGAUGAUUCAUUGGCUGGAAUAGUGGCUUGCAAUCCUAAUCUUCAGCUCCUACAUGGACAUAGAGUGGCACUACGUUCUGACUUAGAGAAUAUAGAAGGCAAAGUUGCACUUAUUUCUGGAGGUGGAUCAGGGCAUGAGCCUGCACAUGCAGGAUACAUUGGAAGGGGAAUGCUCACUGCAGUGGUCGCUGGUCUAGUAUUCACUUCCCCUGCAGUGGGUAGCAUUUUAACAGCAAUUCGGACUGUGAAACAAGCUGGAGCAGUUGGGACACUGCUAAUAGUGAAGAACUAUACAGGAGACCGCCUGAAUUUUGGGCUGGCUUUGGAACAAGCACAGACAGAAGGGAUCUCUGUGCAGAUGGUGAUAAUUGGUGACGACACUGCCUUUGCCACCAAGAAGAAGGCUGGCAGGAGAGGGCUAUGUGGUACAGUGCUCAUACAUAAGAUGGCUGGAGCAUUGGCUGAGGCAGGUGUUGGUCUGAAUGAAAUUGUUCAUAGAAUUUCUGCUGUUUUAGGAGCAAUGGGCACUCUUGGGAUAAGUCUGUCCCCCUGCAGUGUCCCAGGAUCUAGACCCACCUUCCAGCUUGCAGAUGAUGAACUUGAGCUAGGUUUAGGAAUCCAUGGUGAAGCAGGUGUGCACAGAAUGAGGAUGGCAUCCGCAGAUCAGAUAGUCAACCUAAUGCUGGAUCACAUGACCAACCCUUCCAAUGCCUCACGUGUGCACCUCAGGCCUGGUUCUUCCGUGGUCUUGGUAGUGAACAACCUGGGUGGAUUAUCCUAUCUUGAGUUGAAUAUAGUUGCUGGAUCCGCUGUGCAUUGUCUCGAGAGCAGAGGUAUUCAUAUUGCCCGGACUUUUGUUGGUUCCUUUAUGACUGCACUGGAAAUGGCAGGUGUCUCCCUUACCCUUCUCCUGGUAGAUGAAGAACUCUUGACCCUCCUUGACUCAGAUACUACAGCUGUUGCCUGGCCAAAACCUAUCAGGAUGUCUGUGACAGGACAUAAAAGACAGAGGGCAGUACCCAAAGAGAAUCCUAAGGAAGAAGGGCCUGACCCAGCAAGAGUGCCAACCUCUCCUCACAUGAGAUUGGUUCUAGAGUGUGUGUGCUCUAAAAUGCUUAGCCUACAGGAGCAACUUAAUGAACUUGAUCGUGCUGCAGGCGAUGGAGAUUGUGGCAAUACACACGCACAGGCUGCCAUCGCAAUCCAGAAUUGGCUAGAUGCUAGACCUCUGCCUGAGCGCCCUUAUCAACUGUUCUCUUCCCUAGCCACAUUGCUGCUGGAAAAGAUGGGAGGCUCUUCAGGGGCGCUUUAUGGAUUAUUUCUGACAGCAGCUGCUCAAUCUCUACGAACUGAUGAUGACUUAGCAGCCUGGUCCUUAGCUGUGGAUGCUGGUAUUAAUGCUAUGAUGCUGUAUGGAGGAGCUGCACCUGGAGACAGAACCAUGCUGGAUUCGCUCUGUGCUGCUGCAAAAGAGCUCAAAGCUUUGAAGAAACCUAAGGCUAAUCUGAUGCAAGUUCUGGACAAGGCUGUACAAGAGGCAGAGGCUGCUGCUGAAUCUACGAAGAAUAUGGAAGCUGCUGCAGGCAGAGCCAGUUAUAUCAGCUCAGCCCGCCUAGAACAGCCAGAUCCUGGUGCUGUAGCAGCUGCAGCCAUUCUCCGUGCAGUGCUGGAAGGGUUACAGGCUAAACCAGAGUAACUUCAUUACAUUCUUUCUUAAUAUAAAUCAUACUUUAGUACUUGCUUAAAUGUCCCAUCACUAUUCUUUCCCUGCUGUGCAGGACAUACUAAAUCCUGGUACUUUUUGGCAUGACAAGGUUUCCUAUUUUAACUUACAAAGCUUCCUUGCACAGCAUUUGGUAUUGUUCUUGACACGCCAUGUUUGAGAACUGAGUUGUGUUUAUAUGUUUGGCUGGGGGUCAUUAUAUUUUUUCAUGCUUUCUGGAUUGUGGCUAUACAGAGUCCUCUUUUCAAGUUGCUUAGGUGUUUUUUUCUACUGCAUUACUUCACUGUAUACAAGAGGUGUUUUAAGUUUUGCUGAAGCUAUGUGAUGGUACAUGCAAACAAUAUUGUAGCCACUUAGCUUGCACAGCUAAGUAAAACGUAUGCAAAGCAUUUCUAAUACCACAUUUUGAUGAUACCAGAAUCUUUAUAAAAUACAUCAUAGACCUUGGCUGUGGUCUAAAAUAUGUUUUAAAAAACAAAGAACUGGAGCUGCUGAAGUUAAUGCACUAACACAGUAUACCUCUAAAGAGCGGUUGACAGACGUGGAUGCUGUUUUUUCCCUUGUUUGUUGAUUUUGCAUAGAGAUCUCACUGGCCACUGAGAUAAACAAGAUACUUGACUAGUUAAAUCCAUUCCCUGAUCCAGGAACACAGAGAGCCCCGUGAUCUCGUAAGUGUAAUCAUCAUACUUACAGAGGUACUGCAUACUUCUUUGCGCACACAUAUCUUUUAUAAACAUGGAAUAGAUCAAUCUUAGUUUGUACAUAUCUGGAUGCUGAAAAGAACAGUACUAUAUAUGCAUAAUUGAAAUAAUCUGCCUUUUAGCCUUGGCAGUAACUCAGCACUCUCAUAGUUACAGGGAUCCUCUUUGGUUGCAAGGCUCAUGAAUCUAGGUCAGGAUUUUUGAAUUUCUGAUAGGUCAAGCCUCUUAAUUUAUACUGAUUAACCUCUGGGCAAUAUAUUUCAACUGUUAUACAGCCAGUUAAAAUGUAUGCUGCUAGGAAUAUUUAGUUACUACCUAAAUAACAGUAAAGGAAGCUUGGCAACCAGACUUUCCUUUUGGGAGCUUUAUAAAUGGGAUUACUCACAGAUGGAUUUUCCAAGGUUGUCUGUCUGUCUUGCUUCAGGUGAUGAUAAAGAUUCGUCUUUGUAGAAUUUAGGAUCCUUGAGAAGUCUGGGACUGAAGCACUUUGAGUUGGGAUUAGAAAUAGGUCAAAAACACUUUUUCAAAAUUGUAGAGUACGUUGUUACUCAGGUAACAUGCUGGUUAACACAUUAGCUCUUUUGUGUGGAAGGCAGGGGGUGGCAUUUUCAGGGACAGCUAUACAAAGGAUACAUGUCUAGAUUGAAAGAAGUUUCAGGUGUAUUUCCCUGACAGCCAAAGAAACUACGUAUGUAAAGGUAACUUCUGUCAUAUGAUUCUGCCACAGAAUCCCAAAGUUAGUGAAAGAGUUCUGAAUCAGUUAUUUCAGCCAGGUAACUGCAGGGCCCAUUUUUAAGUAUUUUGUUAAUUAUAGGAUCAAGAACUCAUGCAAUAUAACCAGAAUAGCACAAAUGGUAAGUAUGAAAGCACAGUUAUAAUUAAGUAAAAUUACAUUUAAAUUGGAAAAAAGUAUUAAUGGUGUUAAGGAAAGUUUUCAAAAGGAAUGUAGAAAAAAUAAAUAUACAAAGUUUUUAUUCCUUGUCUGGUUACUUCCAAAUAAAGCCUUUAAACUAA